UUCCUCGUUUUGGCAAGAUCAGGUGCCACCGCCACAUUCUCAGUUGGCGAAAACAAUAAACUAAACUAAAAACUAAAUCUGAUCUUUUACGCUGCCGAUGGGAGCGUCUCAGUCUACAGAGCCCGCGGUUUCCGCCGAACAAAGGGAGGCAGAAUCCGUCGCAGCCUCCACCGGUGCUCUCCCACUCCUCCACAAAGCCUUCUCCAACCUCUCCAAUCCCCAAACUAAUGCCGUCCCCUUCGAAAAUCUUCCGCAAUGCUUCGGUUUCGCACGCGAAGAUCGAACCUACUCCGGCAACAGCGUCCCGGCUUCGUUUCCGGUUUUGUUGGAUCACUUAGGUUCCUCAAUCGUCGAUCAAUUUUUCGUUCCCGGCAAAGGUGGAAUCGAUUGGCUUCAGUUCGUUAAUGGCUUCAAUAAGUGCUGUGCUAGGGUUUCUGCGUCUGUUUCACUCAACAUGCUUUUCAGAGUGUUUGCUGCAAUGGCUUUGAAAGCGAAUGUGCCUCUGCAUUUGGUGUUUGAGUCUGAGGAUGAUGAAUGCAAGAUUAAUGGUCACCUUCUUCCGAGUGACGUGCUUCUUCUUCUUUACGUGUGUUGGGUUAUGUCUUGGGAUUGUAGAAAUUUGGGAAAUUCUGAAAGGAAAGGGAAUGUUAGGUUACCUGAUCUUAGCCAUUUGGUGUUGUCAGCGAUCACAUCUUGUGGCAAAGUUGAGGGUGGCUUCAAUGUGUGGGAUUGUGAUGUAUCAAGUUUGGGAGUUGAACUUCCUGCAGGGAAGUUUGUUACUUGGGUUAUGAGUACGGUGCCAUGUCUUCCAGAUUGCUUAAGGCAGUAUUUUCAUGCAAGAAUACAAAUGGCAGGGGAUCAAUUGGAAUAUUUGAAUUCCUCUACUGGAGAUAUUUCAUCUGCAGCAGCAUGUGAUUAUAUUUUAACCCAAGGAAGAGCGUGGGCAAUAUCUAUCACACAAAAAAGUACAGUAAAUGAUGAGAUUUCAAGAGUAUUUUUAUGCAGUGGAAGUGGAAUGGAUAAAAACCUUCUUUAUCGGUCAUCUACUCAUGGACGAGGCCUCAAUAGAUUUUGGUCUCAUGUAGAAGGUUACAAGGGUCCACUGCUAAUUUUGAUUGCCGCAAGUUCAGGAAAUGCUCGUGAGGGAAGUUCCACUGAUAGGAAGUGGGUUAUAGGUGCCCUAACAAGUCAAGGUCUUGAAAAUAAGGAUACCUUCUAUGGAGCUUCUGGAUGUUUAUAUUCAAUAAGCCCUGUGUUUCGUGCAUUCCCACCCAGUGGUAAGGAAAAGAAUUUUGUUUAUAGCCACUUGCAUCCUACUGGUAGGGUGUACCAAGCGCAUCCAAAACCAGUGGGAGUUGCAUUUGGUGGAACUCCAGGAAAUGAGAGAAUAUUUAUUGAAGAAGAUUUUUCCAAAGUGACCAUUCGCCACCAUGCUAUUGACAAAACCUACCGUAGUGGUUCUCUCUUUCCGGAUCAAGGUUUCCUAGCCGUUGAAGCUGUGAUUUCAGAAGUGGAAGUCUGGGGACUUGGAGGGGAAGUAGCAAAGGAAGUGCAAAGCUCGUACAAAAGGAGAGAAGAACUCUUCAAUGAACAAAGACGAAAAGUUGACUUGAAAACAUUUGCGAAUUGGGAAGAUUCUCCUGAGAAAAUGAUGAUGGACAUGAUGUCAGAUCCAAAUGCUGUCCAAAGGGAAGACCGCUGAGUUGGACCAUGUGGUUUUGCAUCCCUUAGUACAAGAAUCCUCAGGCAGAAUCAUGGAAUGCCAUCUCGUUCGAUGCUCCUGUGGUUAUUCAUUAUUUUGGAUUCUGAUCCUCAGGUCACAUGUAUAUAUUGUGCUUGUGUUGUAAUAAUUGUCUUUACAUGUACAAUGUUGGGUGGGGGUGUGUCAACAUAAUCCUUUAUAAAAUUGUGUAUUCUAUUAAAACAUAUUGCCAUAUCGGACAUGGAUGGGGGAACCUUGCAUCAGAAGAGUAUGAUGUGCGAGUCAAAUUUGGAAUAAGGCUGCACAGUGCCUCAGCCAGGAACCAUAGAGCUAAGUCUCUGUCUCGUGCAUAUAUAUCAUUUGACUAUUUGAGUGGAAAACACAACUAAAAUAUAGUUAAACUGAUUCCGUAAUUUGUAUCAUUAGGCUUUGUUUUGUUGAAUGGAUUAUAGUGUAAUCAAAGUGAGGAAAAAGAUAGCGUUUCAUUCAUGUU